AUGAAGAUCAGGAGAGGAAAACGAGCUGAGCCUUUCUGGCCUUCAAUUGUGAUGAAGAAAUGGCUGAACAUAAAGCCCAAGGUUUAUGAUUUUAGUGAAGAUGAAUACACAGAAACUGAGAGUGAAGAUGAUGCUUCCUCUGUUAAAGAUGAAAGAGUUAAUCUGGAUGAGGAUCAUGCACAUAGGACACAGGGGAACCAAUCUGUGUUUCAGAGUCAAAUUUCAGACGCACCUUCUAAGGGGUAUCCAUUAAGACAUAGGCGAGGGAAAUCUGAAACUCUGCGACUUCAAUACAUAAAUACGAAGGAUGUGAGGGUGACAAUAGGUACUUGGAAUGUUGCUGGAAGACAUCCAUGCGAGGAUCUUAAUAUUGAUGAUUGGCUUUGUACAGAAGAACCAGCAGACAUUUACGUCAUUGGAUUCCAAGAGGUGGUCCCUCUGAAUGCUGGGAACGUACUUGGAGCAGAGAGUAGUAGACCAAUUCCAAAAUGGGAGGCAAUCAUUAGAAGGACUCUGAACAAAUAUUCUCUACAACCUGAAAGGAAACACAAAUGUUUUAGUGCCCCACCAUCGCCUGUAUUAAGAACUUCUUCAGUUUCAGAUGAACUUGCUGAUGGGGUCAAUUCUCUACCAUUAGAGACGAUGAAUGAGGAAUAUAUCAAAGCUGCCGAUGGUUUUGAACCUGACGUACUUGAAUUUGGCAAAGCAAUCGGUAUUAGAAAGAAUUUGCACAUAAAGAGAGUGUAUGGAAUAUAUGGAAUUGAUUGUGACAGUGGAAUAGACUGGCCUGAACAUUCAUUGGCUGCGACCCCACAACAAGUUCUCUCUUCCAAUGCCACGCUACGAAGAGUAUCGAGCAGUUCUGCAAGAAUGGGCUUCAGUUGGAUAGAGAAUCCUUCGUUAUUGAGCCCUCGGAAUAUUGCAUUGAACAGGAGUGGACUGAAAAGAUCUCACCACAGUUCUGGAAAUUUAGGCUCAAUGUGGUUGGAGGAGCAACAGAGGGAUGAGGUUCCUGAAGUUGCAGAAGUUGCUGAAGUUAUUGAUUCUUUUUCCGAGGUCUCUGAUUGGUUAUCUGAAGCAGAGGAUGACACUUUCUUAGAAGAACCAAGCGAACAAUAUUACAGUGAAAUCGUCAAAGAUAAUGGCAAUCCACGCCCUAAGUAUGUGCGAAUUGUUAGCAAGCAAAUGGUAGGAAUAUAUGUAUCAAUUUGGGUGCGCAAGAAGUUGAGGAGACAUAUAAACAAUUUGGAGGUCUCCCCUGUUGGAGUUGGUCUUAUGGGCUAUAUGGGAAACAAGGGAUCUGUUUCUGUUAGCAUGUCCCUUUUCCAGUCAAGGCUGUGCUUUGUUUGUUCUCAUCUGACCUCAGGUCAGAAAGACGGGGCUGAACAAAGGCGUAAUGCUGAUGUCUACGAAAUUAUACGACGCACUCGUUUUUCAUCUGUCUUGGACGCUAAUCAACCACAGACAAUUCCGUCUCAUGAUCAGAUAUUCUGGUUUGGGGACUUGAAUUAUCGCCUCAAUAUGUUGGACAUAGAGGUAAGGAAGCUUGUUGCUCUGAAGAAAUGGGAUGAACUCAUCAACAGUGAUCAGCUAAGCAAAGAACUCCGCAGUGGGCAUGUAUUUGAAGGAUGGAAAGAGGGAGUGAUAAACUUUCCGCCAACUUACAAGUAUGAAAUAAACUCUGAUAGGUAUGUUGGGGAGAAUCCUAAAGAAGGGGAGAAGAAGAGAUCUCCGGCAUGGUGUGAUCGAAUACUUUGGUUAGGUAAAGGUAUAAAACAACUUUCUUACAAGCGGUCAAAUUUAAAGUUGUCGGAUCAUCGACCAGUCAGUUCAAUGUUCUUGGUUGAAGUUGAAGUCUUUAAUCAUCGGAAGCUGCAAAAAGCGCUCAAUGUCAAUAGUGCAGCAGUGCAUCCUGAGAUUUUCCUCGAUUAA